CAAUACACCUAACCGUUAUAAACGAUUAUCGAUUACGUGUCACAGUCAUUAGUGGGCAUAAAUAAUCCAUUAACUCUAUGAUUAUGGUCCGAUAAUUUAGUAUCAUAAAAAGCAGAAUCACGUGCUCGAUGAUUACAUCAGAAUUAUUUAUUAAAAGGAGGUAAAUGAACAGCAUGGAGGAUAAUUCUGGGCUAAUACCUUAUCAUUUCAAUUACUCAUUAUCUGCUGUUCACUAACUCUCUACUGACUUAAAUAUCGGAGGAUCUCUAUCGGGUAUAAUUUUGAUUUAUGAAAAUUUUAUUUCACAGAUGUUUUUUACCGAUGAUAGAAGAUUGGCUGCAAUCGUUAUCAUGUCACGUUAGCCGAGAUUGGAUGAUUCAAAUACAGGCAAUGUUGACGUGUAAACUCGAAAUGCCGAUUUCGUCGCAUGGCUUUUUUUUUUUUUUUAAACCAACAAGUUUGGCCUAAAGCAUUUUCCAUAAAUUAAUAUGUGCGCCAUUCCUCCACUCUCCCACUCCACACUUCACUAUGUCCGAAGCGUCAUGGCAUCGCCGGUCGUCCUCCCCUUCAAGUGCCAGACCCGCCUCCCCAAGUUCGCCAUCCCGAGACGCUACGACCUGACCCUCAAGCCCGACCUCGCCGCCUGCGUCUUCUCCGGUGCCGUCGACGUCCACCUCGACGUCGUCGAGGCCACCCCGUGCCUCGUCCUCAACGCCCUCGACCUCGAAAUCGACUCCGGUUUCGUCUCUUUCCGGACCGCCGAUCCUCACCCUAGGGAGCUACGGCCCAAGGAGGUCGUCCUCGAGGAGGAGGAUGAGAUUCUGGUGCUCAUCUUCGAUGAGAACCUCCCUCUUGGGAGGGGAGUUCUUGGAAUUAGGUUCUCCGGCGUUCUCAAUGACCACAUGAGGGGCUUCUAUCGAAGGUACUCUUCUCCUUCUCCCUCUGUCGAUCUUCGGAGUUCCACUACAAAAAAUUUGACUUUUUGCGAUGAAAUUUUAGCAACAAAAUUUAUUUCAUCGCAAAUAAUUAAGCUU